AUGUCGAAGGAAGCAGUCUCAGUCCACGAGCCAGUCCGGAUUGCCUAUGACCGACCCCGUGGCUACGCGUCUUACAAGAGAAAAAAGUUUCAGCAGCAGAAGACCAAGGACAUGGAGUUCAUGCAGAAGAGACUGACGCAGAAGAACAUUGGGUUCCAGAUGCUCAAGAAGAUGGGCUGGCAGGAGGGACAUGGCCUUGGGUCGCAGGGCGAUGGCAUCCGGGAGCCGAUCAAAGUGGGCUCUACCUCAGCAGGGGAGGGCUUGGGUGUCGCUGGGGAGAAGAAGGAAGACACGUUUGACACCUUCCGCCAGAGAAUGAUAAAUAUGUACAAUCUGAAGAGAGGCUGUAAGUAGGUAGGU